AUAUACUUUUCGUAUUCACAUAGAAGAAAGAGAAUAUCGGAUGAAAAAGCCAAGAUAGACCAUUGUUUCUCUUUUACUGUGGAAUCAUCUGAAUUCCCCAAAGCUAUAUCCUUUUUGGCUCUUGGAGAUCUGGAUUGGAUUCAGAUUGUGUUUUUGGGUUUUGUGUUCAAAUGGGUUCACCGGAAAGAUUGUUUCGCCGGCGAAGAACCCUUCAUGAGAUCCUUGGAGGAGGUCUUGAAUUGUGGUCCGGUUGCUUUGGAGUUAGGAUUUUAUGGGUCUGAUGAGCCUUGCUUUUUUGGGUGAUACAGUUGCAGAUGUGAUCUUGUGGAGGCAGAAAGAUGUGACAAUGGGGAUACUGUUAGUAGCUUUAGCUGCUUGGGUGGUGUUUGAGAAGUCUGGUUAUACAUUGCUAUCACUGGUCUCUAGUGUUCUUCUCCUCCUCUUUGUCAUACUCUUUCUCUGGGCUAAAUCGGCUGCCAUUCUUAACCGACCAGCUCCACCCCUGCCUGAAUUGCAGUUAUCAGAAGAAAUGGUGAAUGAAGCUGCAGCUGUCAUCCGGACUCAUGUAAAUGCUUUGCUUUUGGUUUCACAAGAUAUUUCUCUUGGUAAAGACUCGAGGUUGUUCUUCAAAGUAGCUGCUUACCUGCUGCUGAUUUAUUUUGUUGGUGGCUUGACUGAUUUCCUGACUCUGAGCUACACCAGCCUUGUCAUUGUUCUAACAAUUCCAGCAUUCUAUGAGAGAUAUGAAGAUUAUGUAGACAAGUAUGUCAUGAUGGGGUACAGGAAAUUGCUGCAAUUGUAUGUUAAACUAGAUGAAGAAUAUGUGAGCAGAUUUCAACACUUGGUUCUGGAAAAGAAGAAACUACGUUGAUUUCUCAAGUUCAUGUGAUCGAUAAGGCGAUUUUUAGAAGUGUGGUUUUCAUUUUUUUUACUCCCUUUCAAAAGUCUUUCUUUUUUGUUCUCCAAAUUGCAGAGAUAUCCUGUCAAAAGUGUUAUGAAUUUUGUAAUCUAAUCCACAGAAUGAUUAUAGAGAGAGUUGGUUCUGUA